CAAACUCCUUUUCUUAGGUUGAGUGCUCCUGAGUAUUUGAGCAUAUUCCUGGUUGGAUAUAUCUGUCUCAAACACUCUCUUGGGACAUUUCAGGUUUCUGGGUUUUCAACUGCUCUUUUGAUUUGCUUCAAGGUAUUUUAACUAAUUGGAGUGCCAAAAUAUAAUCUGUUGAUGGUAGCUAUGGUCCAAGAGGAGGGUUCAUCUUCAAUUGGUUCGUCGCCACUUCAGUACUUCUCCAUGAUGUCGCUCUCGCCUGGAAUAGGGUCACCGUAUCCCUGGCUGGGAGAGAUGAGGUCAGAGCGACGGGGUUUGUUCCUAGUCCAUCUUCUGGUCACCUGUGUGAACCAUGUUGCUGCUGGGAACAUUGAGAAUGCUAACAUUGUCCUCGAGCACAUCUCGCAUCUCGCUGCUUCUGAUGGCGAUUCGAUGCAGAGAGUGGCUGCAUACUUCAACGAGGCGCUUGCUGACCGCAUCCUUAAAGGCUGGCCGGGGCUGUACAAGGCCUUAAAGUCCACCCGAAUAACGUCUGCAGCUGAUGAAAAUGUUGUGCAGAAGAUGUUUUUUGAGCUCUGCCCGUUCCUGAGAUUGUCUUAUGUGAUCACGAAUGAGGCUAUCAUGGAGGCGAUGGAACGGGAGAAAGUUGUCCACAUUAUUGAUCUCAACGCGUUUGAGCCUGCACAGUGGAUUAGUCUUCUGCAGGCUAUGAGUGUGCGCCCCGAAGGUCCACCACAUAUCAGGAUAACAGGGAUUAACGAGCAUAAAGAGGUGCUGGAGCAGAUGGCACACCAGUUAAAUGAAGCUGCAGAGAAACUGGAUAUCCCGUUUCAGUUUAAUCCUAUAGUUAGCAGAUUGGAGAGUCUCAGCAUCGAGAGCUUGCCCGUGAAGAUGGGCGAAGCGAUUGCAAUAAGCUCCGUGCUGCAGCUGCAUCCUUUUUUAGCAUUCGACGACGAAAUGCUGCAGAGGAACACCCCCCCGGUGGUGUCUAGGCACGCGAAUUCUGUCCAUCUGCAGAGGAUCCUGCAGGUGAAUCCUCGUACCUUGGGGGAUUUUCUCGAGAAAGAAGUGGCUAAUCCAUACGGUGCUAGCCCCGAUUCCACUUCCUCGUCGCCUUUGCCUUUAGCCACUGCACCUAAGAUGAUGAGUUUCCUCAAUUCCCUGUGGAGCCUCUCCCCCAAAAUAAUGGUCAUGACCGAGCAAGAAGCAAACCACAACGGGUUCAGUCUGAUGGACCGAACCAUGGAGGCCUUAAACUUCUACGCUGCCCUUUUCGACUGCUUGGAAUCCACCAUCCCGAGAGCAUCACCCGAGCGCCAGAAGAUCGAGAAGAUGGUAUACGGGGAGGAGAUCAAGAACAUCAUAUCCUGCGAGGGACUAGAACGAAAGGAAAGGCACGAAAAGCUCGAGAAAUGGAUCCCAAGGCUCGAGCUGUCUGGUUUCAGGAAGGUGAGAUUGAGCUAUCACAUCAUGAUGCAAGGGAGGAGAUUGUUACACAGCCAUAACUACGAUGGAUACAACCUUAAAGAUCAAGACGGGUGUUUCCUCAUUUGCUGGCAGGAUCAACCCCUCUUCUCGGUCUCGGCCUGGAGAUUUCAAAGGUACAGCUAAUGUUAAUACCAUAAUAAACACAUUGUUGUUCUUUUCAUCCUGUUCUUUUACCUGUACAAAGGAUUGGAUUGCAAUUCUUCCAUUGUAGGCCUAUGAAAGAAUCAAGCAUUUCAGACUGCAAACCAUAUAUAGGAAUUGUAUUAUAUUUUCAAAAAGUACAAAUUA